AUGUCAUCAGAUUCGGAUAGCUCAUUUGAAGAGCAGAAGAAAACAAAAAAGAAAACUGAUUCGGAUAGCUCAUCUGAAGAGCAGAAGAAAACAAAAAAGAAAACAACAACGCAAAAAGACGGACAGUCGUCGAAAAAACGAAAAACCGAUAAAGAUGAGCAAGAAAGUUCCUCGGACGAAGGUGUUAUCGAUAAAACACCGAUAAAGAAAACCAAACAGAACGCAUCGAAACAUAUGAAAAAUUCAGACGGCGAUGAGAUGCUGGAGCUUGGUAAAAUGCGUUUCGUAACAGUGCGUUCAUUCAAGGGAAAGGCAUUGAUUGAUAUACGAGAAUAUUAUCAAGACAAGAGUGGAGAGAUUAAACCGGGUCGUAAAGGUAUCAGCCUCUCUCGUGAACAGUAUCAAAAUUUCAAAGAACUUACCUCAGAAAUUGAUGAACGUCUCCGAGAAGUUUAA